AUGGCGGCAGUCCCAUGCGCCUUUCAAAAGCUGGAGGGGCCUUUGGGAUGUCAUCCUUCAGCCAAUAGGCUUUCGUCCUGCUCAAUCGCUCUUCAGACAUGCUAUACGCCGCGCAGUCGUACGAGCUUUGACCUCCUUCCAAAGGGCAGCAAUGCAUGCCCGGUAGCAGAUGGAAGAACAAAGACAUGGGGCCUUGGCAGGUGCCACCUUGACUGUGGAAAGCAAGUAGCAAGGCGCCGCGAGCUCAGCAAGGGCAGGCGGAAAGGAGAGAAUGGUGAGUUGGAGCAUGAAGAAAGGCGCACGGAUGGUGAGCAGAGGGGUGAAACGAAUGGAGUAACAGGGCAAGAUGAGGAUGAUGAGGAAUCAAAAGAAAGGAAACGGAACGAGCAGCUACGGAAAAGUGUCAGCGAAGGAAGAGAUGAGGAUGAGACAGCGCGUGGCAGCGGUCUUAAAGGCAGAGAGGGACCAGGAGCGGGAAGCGGACACCACAUUGAAAAGAAAAAGGUGGAGGUCGAAUCAGACGCUAGAAAAGUUGAAAUUAGGCACAUCAGAAAGGAGAAAGGUCCAGGCAAGAACCCGGGUGCCAAGGGAUAUGAAGAAAGGGUCGGGCGACGUGAUUCGGUGACGCAUGCCCCUGCUGUCCCGUCUGUCAAGCACAAGAAGAACCUGAGGGAAGCCCGGUUGCAGAUCCCGUCCAGUUCCGCAACAAGAGGGGCAGGAUCAAACGUCAAAGGAAAAACCCUCCGCUUAGAGUCAGUCAAGCCUCCUUCCAACUCGAGAACAGUGGAAGAGUCAGGAGAAGGAAAGCAGAGCAAGCCGGAGGGACGGCAGCAAGAGGUUGGACUGUUGUUACCGGUUGCUACAAAGAGAAGUGUGGUGGCUCUGGUGCGUGGAGAGGCGAAGAGCGCUUCUGCUCUUAUUAUGCAAACUAAGAGCGAGCUUACGGUUGCCCGGUUCAAGGCCCCGGGGACGUCAGUCGUGCUCCACUCGGCUGUGUCCCUGGUGAAUCGCGACGCCCGGUGUAGUUCUGCUCCGAUGUCAACAAGCGAGACUGACCCUACAGAACCAGGGCGGGCAGAUUCGUUAAAAACCGGGCUCAACAACUCAAGAACCGGAAAUUGGUCUGAAGAACGGUCGAAUUGGGUGAAGGCCGAACAGAACGAGGAGGUUGGUCCGGAAGAAACGCAGGCGCCUGAGCGAUCCAGAGAGCCGGAGGUCACAAUGUUGCGUGAGGAGAAUCAGAUGCAAACGCAGGCAAAGGUUUUGAACGCGCCGAAGGUUAUGGAGCUCUUCCAAGGAGCGCAAAGUUCGACCGAGGAAACUAGAAAAGCGGGAGAAGACGAUGAAACGACGGGAAACAGGCACGUGCCGUUGCACGCGCAGCUGAGCGGCUCGGAGCUGGGACAAACCUGGCGGGAGGCUGUAACGCCUAGUUCGAAAGACGACUCAGCGUUACAUGAGGCGUCGAAGACGGGGGUUCUUGAUCUGGAACCAGAAACGCAAACGGAUGGGGUUCUGCCUGAGAGCGACUUGGAGGGAGGGAUAGAGGCUGCUGGGACGGGUAACGAUGACCGGGAAGCGGAGAAUAACGCCUUCGUAGAGGCGACUGAGAGAGAGUCUAAUGCGAGUGCGGCGUCGCCUCAAAGAGUCAGCCGGGAAGAAGAAAACGGAUCCACAGCAAAUGCAGAGAUAGAUGGCGGACUAGUUCGAAAAGAAGAGCCACAUAGAGAGAUGAAAGGAGAGGGCGAGGAGAAGGGAGCGAAUCCGAGUGGUCAGCCGUCCAUCCGUCAACCGGCGCCAGCCGAAGCGCGUGCGCGCGCGACAGAAAGCGCGCUGACGUCAGAGACGCUGAAACACGACGCGCGCGCUCUCCACUUGCUAACGUCAUUACUUGCACAGCUCCACCUCGCCCCGCUCGUCUUGCCGCAGCCGGAUGCGCCGCCCCAGAAAGCGGAAGGGGUCCCGAAAUCUGGUGCAGGGAUUGAAACCGCGCUAGAGGAAAGUUUCGACGAAAAGGAAGUCAUCGCAAGCGGAAGCGAAGUCUCUAGAGGAGAGAACGGGUCUGUCGACGGAAGUCAUAGGGAGGGGUCUGAAAAUUUGGGUUUUGAGACGCGCGGCGAUCUGGAGGCGUUGCGGGAAGAGUCGCUUGCGGGGAGGGCGGUUAUCAAAGUGAUUGGGAUCGGCGGUGGGGGCUGUAAUGCUGUCGACAGGAUGGUUCAAGACGGCGUGGGCGGCGUCACGUUCUGGGCGAUCAACACGGACGCGCAGCAGCUGCGCCUGUCGCACGCGGAGCACAAGAUGCAGAUCGGGCGCUCCAUCACGCACGGAAAAGGCAGCGGCGGCAACACCCGGCUGGCCGAGCUGGCUUCGGAGGAGCACCACAAGCAGCUGGAGGAUGCAGUCAAGGGCGCCGAUCUAGUUUUCAUCGCGGCCGGGCUGGGUGGAGGGGUCGGCACCGGCAUCGCACCAAUUGUCGGCAAACUAGCAAAAGCAACGGGGGCCUUGACGAUCGGCACCGUCACGGAGCCGUUCGCUUUUGAAGGAGCCAAGCGCGCCAAAAUUGUGCGCACUGGUAUUGAGGCGCUGCGCGCGGCCGUGGAUGCGCUGGUGGUGGUGCCAAACGACCGACUGCUAGACCUUAUCACCGACAAGACUCCUAUCGAGGAGGCGUUCCGCAUGGCCGACGCGGUGCUGCGUCAGGGGUUCCAGGGAAUCUCUGACAUCAUCACGACGCGCGGCCUGGUCAACGUGGAUUUGGCUGACGUCAGGGCUAUAAUGAAGGACGCGGGUGACGUCAUCCUGGGCAUCGGCGAGGGCUCCGGCCCGGACCGCGCGCGCGCCGCCGCGACGCGCGCGCUCGGGUCGCCGCUGCAGAGCCUGGAGGGCAAGGGCGUGCCGACGGGCGUGAUCUACAACCUGACAUCUGGGAGAGACCUCACCUUACGAGAGAUGACCACUGUUGCGGAGAUUGUAGCGGGUCACGUGCACCCCGCUGCAGACAUCAUCGUCGGAACGGUCAUCGACGAGAAAUUCCGGGGAGAGCUUCACAUGACCAUUAUUCUCACCCGGUUCCUAGACGAGCCAGGCGAAGGUGUUGCGAACGACGCUCGAACAGCGUACAACGGUUUGUAUGCCGAUUCGGACGCCCUUUGGGACAGUUCGCCGUGCACGUUGGAAGACGGGCCCUACCGCCGCAGUACACCCCGGGGAACGGGAACCGGGACGCGUCAUAGCCCCCACCGUAGAUAG